UCAAACUGCGCUCUCCCUCUACCUGGAGAAGGAAGAACUUGUUUGGUAACUUUUUUCAAGAUGCUGCCAACGGUAAAUGAAAAAUCUGCAGAGCCCGGAAUGACUGUAAUUACGGAAGGCGGAUUCUCCCGAAGUGACAGCGCCGAAGUCAAAGCGUCGUACAAGAAAUACAUCAUUGUUGCUGUUGCUGUCAUUGUUGUUGUUGCUGUUGCUGUCGGUGGAACGUUGGGAGCAGUUCACAUCUCUAACAAGGCAGUACAGGAUGUAUGGAAGGAGUACCAUCUUCGUUUAACUGACAAGCAAGGAAAGAAAAUUGACGAAAAGGUACAGGUUGAUCUGAAGGACAACAUCACCGUGUACAACGUGAACAACGAGAAGUUCCACGUUGCCAUGGACAACUCGAGAAGCCUGGUAAUAUAUAAGAUGGAAAUGAACAACAAGUUUGCUUGUUACUUGACCCCAAUGGCAAAAACUGAAGAGACUGACAGCAAGGACGUGGUCAGCGCUUUUGAACAACCGAAUGCCGUCCAAAGUACAACAGACGAAGACGAUGAUCAAAAGGUCUUCGCUGUCAACACUUCUCCGAUCAAGGACAAGACCUUCCUAAGUCCCAGAAUGCAGGAAUUCUGCAGGAAUCUGGAGGCAUACUGGCUUACUCAGAAGGACGGCAACACUGUAGAUGGUACCAGAGCGCAAACCCUGGCAGGAGGUGAUCGCCAGAAGCGAGCACUAUGCCCAUGGUACCAUUGUUGGCGCUUACGACGCAUUUGCAGUCAAGAUGUCAUACAGUGGCGUUGUUAUUGGAUGUAUUUUAUGAGUAUCUGUUACAGGUGCGAUUAAUGAACGCCAUCACCAAACGUCAGAAAUCAUUUUGUUUACUUUAAGAGUUUACUGAAAAUUUAUUUUUAAUGGCUUUUGUCUCUCCAUCUCUCUCU